UGUCAGGAUGUGUUCACAGCAGAGUGUAAGUUCAAGGAGUCAGUGUUUGAGAACUACUACGUCAUCUACUCGUCCACGCUGUACCGGCAGCACGAGUCGGGCCGCGCCUGGUUCCUGGGCCUCAACAAGGACGGCGUCAUCAUGAAGGGAAACCGAGUGAAGAAAACCAAACCCUGCUCGCACUUCGUCCCCAGACCCAUCGAAGUGUGCAUGUACAAGGAGCCGUCGCUGCACGAACUCGAGGAGAAGCUGCUGAAAUCCUCCCGGAGCCCGACCAUGAACAGCGAGGAGCGAGCGAGGGGCCUGGAUCAGCAGGAGCAGCCGCAGGACGACGUCACAGAGCAGGAUGGGUCAUAGCCUGCAGCGCCCCCCGCAGGAGGAGGAGGAGAACUCCCAUUUUAACACUCCCUCUGUUCAG